GCUUGUUGAUAGGUACCGCCGUUUUUUACUGAACUGGGCUAGAGCUGAAACUGGGCUGUGUACACACAGACAUAGCCAAGCAAAGAGACAGCGACACUAGAGAAGCGAGGGCUGAACUUCAGGCAAUUUUGUUCGGUAGUCUCGAUUGACACACAGACGCAACGCAUGCAUUGCACUUGCUGGAGAAAAGGGAAAGGCGGUUGGUCUGAAACAAAGGACUUGGACUCAUGAUUUAAAAAUUCUCAAGACUGUCGGGCUGACAAAGAAUUUUAAGGAGCACUUCCAGAAGAGACCGUUUACAGGACCAUGCGACUUGUGCGCUUUGUAGCCUAAUUAAUCUGAAGUCAACUAAACGGGUAACUACCGGUGAAAAUAAAAACCCUUAGCUUACUAGCAAAACAGUAGAUCGACCCUCUGCAUCACCGUCGACAAUAAAAGACUUUAUGCAUGGCUGGCAAAGAAGACCACCGAAACGAGUUAAAAUCUCGUUAAUAAAUCAGUUAUUCGCCUUUGUAGGGGAAACGUACAGGACUGGGCGGUACAAAUGUAGUGGCCAUUGUUUCGAAGGAAUUGUAUCAAGAAAGUCGAUGCACUCGUUUUUAAGGCGUGACACCAACAAAGGGACGUGAAAACUCGCAUCAGCACCAGCGAAUACACAGACGCGCAAUAACCACCAGUCGGUUUGCCUUUGCAAUAUAGACGUGUUGCGUUCCUUUUGCUUUCUUCAUUGUGGAUGUGUUUCUGCUUUUUCUGUUGUUGGUCACCGCGCGACGGGUUUACCCGAACCGAAACCAAAGAAUCUGUAGACAGUUGGGCUGGAUCCACAGUAUUUACAGAAAUAUUUGCGGGUCAUUUAAAUCCCCCGAAGUCUGGUUCUAAACAAAAGUUGCAACUGAGGGCAUGUCAUAAAGACUGUGUAUUGGUUUGCUAUCGAACAGAAAAAGAAAACAAGAGAGACGAGCAGAACCCAAAAUAACAGAAAUACGUUCGCGAAAGGAGAGACUGGAAGUGAGACGUGGCGAAGAACGCCGCAAAGAUUCCUGAGGUGAAUGACCGUUAAAGGGCUCUCUCCAUGGAUAUAGACACAGACUAUGAGCGACCGAACGUUGAGACCAUAAAGUGCGUGGUUGUCGGGGACAACGCGGUGGGCAAGACCCGCCUCAUCUGUGCCCGCGCCUGCAAUGCCACCCUCACACAGUACCAGCUGCUCGCCACCCACGUGCCAACCGUCUGGGCCAUCGACCAGUACCGCGUGUGCCAGGAGGUCCUGGAAAGGUCGCGGGAUGUGGUGGACGAGGUGAGUGUCUCCCUGCGGCUUUGGGACACGUUUGGCGACCAUCACAAAGACCGACGCUUUGCAUACGGCAGGUCUGACGUGGUCGUGCUGUGCUUCUCUCUGGCCAACCCCAACUCGCUGCGCCACGUGCUCACCAUGUGGUUCCCCGAGAUCAAGCACUUCUGCCCCCGCACCCCCAUAAUCCUGGUGGGCUGCCAGCUGGACCUGCGCUACGCCGACCUGGAGGCCGUCAACCGCGCCCGCCGCCCCCUGGCAAAGCCCAUCAAACCCACAGACAUCCUGCCCCCAGAGCGGGGUCACGAGGUGGCCAAGGAGCUGGGCGUGCCGUACUACGAGACCAGCAUCGUGGCGCAGUUCGGCGUCAAGGACGUCUUCGACAACGCCAUCCGCGCCGCCCUCAUCUCGCGACGCCACCUGCAGUUCUGGAAGUCCCACCUGAAGAAGGUGCAGCGCCCCCUGCUGCAGGCGCCCUUCCUGCCCCCGCGCCCGCCCCGGCCCGUGGUGGGCAUCCCGGACCCGCCCGCCAUCGACGGCGAGGGGCCCGACUCGCUCUUCUGCCUGCCCCUGUGCGCCGACGUCCUCUUCGUCCUGCAGGGCGGCGCCACCCGCGUCUUCGCCCACAAGGUCUACCUGGCCACGUCCUGCUCCAAGUUCUACGACCUCUUCGCCAUGGACCUGGGGAGGGCCGGGGGCUGGGGCGGCGGCGGGGGGGACAGGGGGGAUGACGACGAGGACGACGGAGGGGAGGGGAGCGAGAGGGAGGAGCAGAGCCGGAGGGAGGCCAAGGAGCAGGCGGGGCGAACCAAGAGCCUGGACAUCGACAAGGACGGGGAGGGCCGGCCGCGGGGCCACAGGCAGCCCCUCCUGCCCCAGCAGGGCUCUCUCAGGACUUCCCGGAGCGACAACGCCCUCCCCGCCAGCAGCCACUGCUGUUCGGGGCCCCUGGGGGCCGGACGGGCCCUCGCGGGCUGGGGCCGGGGCUUCCUAAGCGUGCGCAUUGAGCACGUGGAGGACCCCAUGACCGGCCGGCCACGCCUUAUGACUGUGGUGUCCAUGGACUGCCUGAUCCAAAAAGAACCCUUCCAGGCGGUGCUGCAGUACCUGUACACGGGCAGCCUGGACGAGGGCCGGAGCGACCUGAUGCAGGUGGCCACCAUCGCGGAGCUCCUGGAGGUCUUCGACCUGCGCAUGAUGGUGGCCAACGUGCUGAACCGCGAGAGCUUCAUGAACCAGGAGAUCACCAAGGCCUUCCACGUGCGACGGGCCAACCGCAUCAAGGAGUGCCUCAACAAGGGCACCUUCGCUGAUGUGGUGUUCCGAUUGGACGACGGCUACCUCCCCGCCCACAAGCCCCUGCUGAUCUCCAGCUGCGAUUGGAUGGCCGCCAUGUUCCGCGGGUCCUUCAUGGAGAGCUACGUCGAGGAGGUGUCCAUCCCCAGCACCAGUAGUGCUUGUAUGCGAGCGGUGUUGGAGUACCUGUACUGCGGCCUGCUCACCCCCAGCCCUGACCUGCAGCCCAUGGAGCUCAUCAUCCUGGCCAAUCGGCUCUGCCUGCCCCGUCUCGUCGCCCUCACAGAGCAGCACGCCGUGGACGAGCUGCUCCAGUCCGCCGUCAAGGGCGGCGACGUCGACGGGCAGGUGCUGGCGUACCUCGAGCUGGCGCAGUUCCACAACGCCCGGCAGCUCUCCGCCUGGUGCCUGCACCACAUCUGCACCAACUACAACAGCGUGUGCCGCAAGUUCCCCAAAGACAUGAAGGCCAUGUCCCCAGAGAACCAGAAGCACUUUGAGAAGCAGCGCUGGCCGCCGGUCUGGUUCCUGAAGGAGGAGGACCGCUACCUGCGCUCGCGGAAGGAGCGCGAGCGGGAGGAGGAGAUCCUGCGCAAGCAGAACACCAAGAGGGGCUGGUGCUUCUGGAGACACACCUCCUCCACCGCCCCCCACAUCUCCUGAGGCUCCGCCCCCGCCCCCUCCCAGCCCCCAGCCCUCCAACAAGCCCCGCCCCCGCCCCGCCGUGAGCCGUCUCCUCACCUGACCUCAGUGCUGGCAGCAAGGCGUGAUGCGUCUGGCCCCACCCCCCCAUGACCUCUGACCUCUGAUUCCCCACAGUCACAGUCUGAUUCCCCAUGAUGAGUCACCACCCGCGUCCGGAUGGCAGCAGCCGUCCGUUUGAGCUUGCUUCUGCUCACCAGCGGGGGGCGCUGCACGAUCACGUUAAUGCGGGGCGGAGUUAAGGAGGAGGGAAGAUUCCACCGCUCCCCAGCUGGCUGCACACCGUAGGACUGGACCGCUUCUCCUCUCGUUAUUGAGGGACUGUUUGGCCAAGCUGGCGGCCGAAAUCGGGGCUAACGAUGCCGUCGUGCUUUUAUUUUUGCCGCGAGCUCUUAACCGGUAAGGACGACUAAUUAAGCAAAUGACCUUAAAUUUUUUUUUAAAAGAAUAACAAUAAUAUGAAUACAUGGUGUCAGGGAUUUAAAAAAAAAAACAAAAAAAGAAAAAAACAGAGACGAGAUUUUGGUGUCUCUGUCUCCAAUCCACCCUCCCCUCCCCUCCUCUCCCCACCGCUGGUAACGACCUUUUUCCGUUCUCCUCCUGCCUUUUAUGAAGUCAUUUAUUAUGUUUGUUUUGGCAGUGAGUCCUUCGCCCCCCCUUCGCCCCCCCGCCCUUCCCAUGUGAGGCCUUGUUGGGGUCCCGACUGUGGACUGAAGUUCCUACGGUUAAGACUGUUAAAAUAAAGGGGUGGUGGUCGCUGCCAGCACAAGGGGCGUGGCCAGUGGACUGGGGGAGGGGUUCCAUAACUGGGCUGUACGUAGGAGACCACACAGCGAUACCAGCGAAGAGGCUAAAUCGGCUUAGCAGCACAGCUCGCUAGCUCAAACUGCCUGAGCAAACAGGCCUCGUUGAGCUGGUGUGAGAGCUUUGAGUGUCCCCCACGCUCGGGGUUCUGUAGAGUGGAGCUGUGGGUGGAGGACGGUGGGGUGGGAGCGGGGUUAUAGUGUUGGAGGUGUAGCUUCUCCGCCUCUGUUCUCUCUGUCUCUGGUUUUCUCCUCUUGCGAACCCUUCCCUCUCAGCCUGCCUGCCUUUACACCCCCAAUCCACAAGAGGGCAGCACCACAUCCUGUAUUACCACACCCACUCAUUAAAAAAUUAUAUAUAUUUAUACUGCCUCUGGGAGGUGCAAAAAAUACCAUCCAGGAACUGUUCAGCUUUUCUGUCUUUCACUUUUUUAAAAGCUUUUGUACUCUUCUUCAUUUCCUCUUGUUUUUUUUAAUUGUUUAGCCCCAGAGUUUCUGUCAUUCCUGAUACUUGUCUUUUUUGAGCUCCCAAUACCAAAACAAAACUGUGAAGUGUCUCUAGCUAAGCACAAUGUGAAUCCACGUCCCGCUCCCCUCCCCUCUUACAGAACAGAGGGAGCGAGGGAAAGGGUGUUUGGGCGAGACCGGAGGGAGAGAGAGAGGGUGAGGUGGGACGGCCGUCCGGCCCAGCGCUGCGAGAUCUCGCCCUCGCUCCCUCUGUCUGUGACUAAAGGUGCUCAGGAUUUCUUUUGUAAAAUUCCAGUUCUAAAGGCACAGCGGCUUUCGCGUGAAUGAGCGGGGUCCUGACACACAGCGUGUCUGCGUCCCUUCCCGUCGUGUUCUGUUCCAGACCCGCGUGCGUCCCCACCCCACACCCCCCCCCCCCCCGUCCGCCCCUGAAACGCCAUCGAAGGUCACCCCCGCGAGCUACCAAAAAACAAACAAAAAAACAGCAAUGUAAUUUCUACCAAAUGUGUCUGGGUGGAAAGCGCUCUUGUGGGAUUGCCUUGUUAAUCAUAGGCAAUCACAGCAAAGGCGAAAGGUGGACUUCGGCGAAACUGUCGUGGCUGUUUGAUUGGGGAACGUAGACCCUUGUUGCUACUGAUUAUGAUUGUCAUUCUGUUCCACGGCGUUGUCAUUCGUUGUGCUGAAUUUAGAAGAGAGAGGUGAAUUUUUUUUUUUCUUUGUGUAAUAUUGAGUUACACGUGGAUCCAAAGGCAGUAUUAGACCAAGUGAAUUUAAAAAAAGAACGGAUCUCUGCACUUCUAGAUGUUGGAAACAUAUAGCCUUGACAUGUAAGGAUUCAGUAUUCAAUCCUCUGGCGAGAAUUCGUCUUUUCAAAGACCGAAAUCAUUGCCGUCUAUAUGUGCACACAGACACGCAGAUGCGUAUGGGCAAACGCUUGUAUUCAGGAUGCUACAUCAGCGGAGGUGGGAAUUUCUAGGGCUGACGAAGCGACAUUAAAAUCAGUAUUUUCCUUCGGUGUCUUUCGCUGUUCUCACGGGGUCCGGGUCUUUACCGGAACAUUAGAUUUAAAAAAUGGAGACAUUGUUGGGGUGCACGUGUUUAUGGCACCUUUUCCAUUCCUGUCUGGCGGAUUCCUCCCCUCCGGCUCCCGCCAGGCGCCCGAGAGGGAGACAGGGGAGGCGCGCGGUGCGCUCCUUUCUUUCCGCUGCUCCUCUCAAACGGAGGAGCGUUAGCGUGCUGGCGGCGUGCUCGGGCGACGGAAAGAGUCUGUAAUGGGAUCCCGGUGGGGCCCUCCAGGUGGUGUGCGUGUGAAGCCGUGUGGAGCUGCGUGUGGAGCAGUGUGAGGUGCGUGUGGAGCAGUGUGAGGUGCCUGUAGUCAUGUGAGCUCCAGACAGGUGCGGUAGGGACUGUUAAAGCACAUCGUACCCCACUUCCGCUGUAGUGCAGUGUACUGCUCUUUUUUAGGGUCGUGUGCGUGUGUGUGUUUGAAAGAGAUAGUAUGAGUGUGUGAGUGAGCAUGUUAUAGGGAUGUUUGUGUGGAUGUGUGGAUUGUUGGAUGUACGUGCGUGUUUGUGUGUGUGCGUGUGUGUGUGUGUGUGUGUAUGUGUGUGCUCUUGCCAUUUGUGCAUGUUUGUGUAUUACUGCACUUGUAUCUCUCAGCUUGGUUGCCCUGGUGCUGCUGAAGUCUCACACUUGGCUGGCGAUGUCGUUCACAUCUGACUGCACGGAAAAUGCUGCUCAUUUGCAUUUCUCACCUCACGGUCUACUGAACGAGCUUAUUAACAGAACACAGAACUCAGUCACGCCACUCGUAAUUAUACUUUUUCCAUUUUAAGCGACAAAGUAUUAAAAAUAGCCUUUGUGUAGCUGUUUUUCCGCACUUUCUCGGGCACAGUUUGCUUGCGUGGACGUGUUAGCGUGCUUGCGUUACAUUUUGGAUCUUGCGUAAAUGGGCGUGUGAAUAACUGGUAGAUAGGGGAAGUGUUUGAUGUGUGCAGCAUUACAACGGUCACUUUAGUGGUAAUGGUGGUGGAGGAAGGGUAGCAGUUGCAGGGUUGGAACUGUAAUGCGUACCUUUGUGGCACUGCUUCCACUUCAAAGUGUGUGUGUGUGUGUGUGUGUGUGUGUGCAUGCAUGCGUGUGUGUGCGCACACGCGUGUGUGUGUCUGCGUGUGAGGUGUGUAUGUGCGUGCAUGCGUGUGUGUGUGUGUGAGAGAGAGUAGGGGAGAGGUCCCACCGCCCUGUUUACUCUGAUUGACAGUAUUUCUGUCCCUCUGCUCUUUUCUCUCUAUCCCUCCUUCUUUUGCUCUUUUUCCUCAGUCUUCCUGGGAUCAGGCCCCAAACCCUUUUUGUCGACCUCCUGGUGAUCUGAGAAGCACUUUAGUAAAGCCUGUAUUUUUAAAUUAUUCUUUUUUCUUUAUUUUGCUAAAUAUAAAAAAGAUGAUGGACAGAUUGAGUGUGCCGUACAAACACAGUAAAUCAUUCGCUGUACUGGGUCCGGAUGAAAGCUUUUAUGUGAAAGAGGACUUUGUUUGAGAAGGUUCAUUGAAUGGGAUUUCAUCUGUGGCAUCGUGUGUUGUUGUUUCUUGACCCUGGUGUUACCAUGGUUAUGGCAGGCUCCGCCUCCUUGUGAUGCAAGGCAGGGGAAGAGAGCGCCUCCUGUGGCUUGACUGUGGCGUUUCCUUGUGCCUUCUCGCGUACACUGUUGCCUGUCUCUGUAGCCUCCUGUUGGACUACACAACAACACAACAACCACUAUCAGGGUCUGGUGUAGAAUAGGGCAGGCCUACAGCUAAUACACACACACACACACACACAUACACACACACAAACGUAAAUGCACACAAGCACUUACAAAUAAACAACAGGCUAUAUGCAUAUAUACACCAUGUCACAAGUUGUUCACAAACACAUUAAAGCACAUGCAAAUAAACCUGAUCAAACCUACACACACACACAUACACACAGCCUGGCAGCUGGCCGUUGUGUAACACACUUGUCUCUUAGUGCCUGUGGACCCAAGUAGAAAAGACUUCUGUCCAGUUUGUAUUUAAUUGUGUGCUCCUUUGGUGCUACUAAACCCCACCCACCCCCCUUUAGCCCCACCCCCUGAUAUUUUGCUGUAUUGUGGUAACCUCACUUCCUGGUGAUGGUGUUGGUUCUGUCCAAUCAGAGGUGUUUGUACUGUUCACGCACCCCACCUCUGCCCCCUCCCCUUUUGAAUCUACAGUGUUAUGACAACUGGGGUGGAAAACAGGACACAGCAAAACAUCCACAAUAGAGUUCUGUGGGCUCUCUGAUUUAAAGGUGUUGUGAAAUGUAGGUAUUGGUUCUUGGGAAAAGUACACAUUCUAUUACCAAGAUUUGUGUUAACUUUAUGUUAGGAUUGCGCUUUCAAAAAAAAAUUAACCAUCUAAUCCCCCCCCCAAAAAAAUUUCUGUUUUUGUUGGAACAUGAAAAUGUUUGUGCAAAGAGUAUUAUUAUAACGUGGGUUUUUUUUGUGGUUUUUUUUUUUUUUUUUUAAACCAUGGUGUAUAUUAAUGUCAUUAUGUUUUAACAUGAGUGAGCAUUGUGGUUUGGGCUGACUGGUGUUAGUAGGGUGACUUGUGAGAUUGAAAUUUUUUAUUAUUUUUUUUUCUCUAAAGAAAGUGUUCUCUGUGGCCGGAGUCAAUCCUCACCCACUGCCCCUCACAGUGUAAACAUGCUGAAUGCUCCGCACACUAAAACUGGAUAAAAAACCACAGUACUUAACCAGUAGAUUAUAAUACAGAGGAGCUCUGAUUGACUGCACGUUCCAGUCUCUAUUGCUUGCACUUCUCAGUACUUUCGCCUAUGCAGAGUACCUACCUGUACCUAUGUCUGUAUAUAUUUAUUAUUUGUAUGAUUAUUAUUAUUAUUUUAUUAUAAUUUGCUGAGUUUUACUGGCUGCCUGAUCGGUUACAAACCACUUAAGCCGGACUCCGUUUCCAAGCAUUUGGUCCUAGCGAUUGGUUCUCUGAAACUUGAACCAGGCCCAAUCGGAACCCGGCAUCGAUUUCGCCGUUGAAACCAGUGUCGGAUGCAUUAAUGUAACCAGCGUCAGUGACCAGCUCGGAGUGCGAAUGGCCUUAACUCUCUCCGUUUUAGCGAUUGUUUCCGUUGAGAGGGAAGCGCAGACCGGUGACUCAAAGUGCUUCGUCCGCGCGCGGGAGACCACUGGCUUGAAGCGCCUCAGGACAGUGGGGACCCCCGACCUGCAGAAAAGGGCUUCCUGACUGGCUGAGUUUCUCUCUGCUUCCUUCCGUUCUCUGUGCGUGUCUUUUACACCCCUAAGCACUUUCAUUUCCUUUGCUCUCGUUGGUUGUUAUGUUUAUUUCCUUUGCUCUCAUUGGUUGUUGUUUUUAUUUCCUUUGCUCUCAUUGGUUGUUUGAGAUUUCACUUUUUUUUUUUUUUUUUUACCAUAACAAGCAGCAGUGUUGGAGUCAGUUCCACUUCAGUUCAGUCAAUUUAGGUAAUGAACUGGAAUUCUAUUACUGGAAACCAGUAAUGUCCUUGGAGUAUUUUUCAGCUCAUUAAUUGAAAUUGAAAUUGAACUGACCCCCAACACUGACAAGCAGUUAGCAUCUACAAAACUGAAACCGGUCAAAAAUAAAUAAAUAAUGCUACUAAGGGCUUUUAAACAAACUAAAAGAUAAUCAGAAUGUUUUUGCUGCUGUUGCAAAAAAACAAAAAACAAACAAAAAAAAACUUUGUAAUAUUUUUUAACCACUGUGAUUUGUAUAAAAUGGAACAAAAAAUGUAGGAAAAAAAAAAACAUUUUUGCCAUUUCAGUAUUUUAAUGUUUGACUUGGCUUUUAAUAAAACUCUACCUAAGUCUUUAACCUAA